AUGGUUGCUGACUCACUCAGUGACAAACUGAAAGAUGACACCCAAAGUCUGCUCCGGAAUUUGGAGUCGCAUGCACCGACGCCCUUGGAAGCCGGGUCCCCAUCCAGGAGGCGGAGGAGGGACGUGCAGGCCGCCAAGGACGAGGAGACUCUGGAGGAAUGUGAGCCGUCGUCUAACAGCAACAUUGCAGCAUUUGCGCUGAAGGCCAAAGUCAUCUACCCCAUCAACCAGAAGUUCCGGCCUCUGGCCGACGGCUCUUCCAACCCCUCCCUGCACGAAAACCUGAAGCCGGCCGUCCUGCCGCACCAGCCCGCGGAGGGCUCCCCUUCCAGCAGCCUGGGGAGCCUGAGCCAGGCUGAGAAGGAUGACGGCAGCUCCUCAUCCAGCAUCCACUCGGCCACCAGCGACGACAGGUUUCUCGGCCGCAGCUUCCUCUGCCUGGACGCCUUCCCCGAGGUGCUGGCCGGCGAGAGUGUGGACAUUGACCUGUGUGUCUACCACCUUCACUUAAAAGAUCUGCUGCGUUUGGACACAGCACUGAGGCAGGAACAGCACCUGAUGUUUAUUCAGAUUUUUAAAAUGUGCCUCCGUGAGCUUCUUCCUAAAAAGAAACCUGAUGACGAAUUAUACCAGAAGAUUCUUUCAAAGCAAGAAAUUGAUUUGGAGGAAUUAGAAAAGGGACUUCAGGUCAAACUGUCCAACACGGAAAUGUUGGGUGCUGGUGACUCUGAGUACAUCACCCUGGCAGAUGUGGAAAAGAAGGAAAGAGAAUACUCUGAGCAGCUAAUAGCUAAUUUGGAAGCUUUCUGGAAACAGAUGGAAAACACCCAGCACUUUCUUGUGGACCAGCUUAAGUGUUCCAGCUCCAAAGCCCGACAGCUCAUGAUGACUCUGACGGAAAGAAUGGUUGCAGUCGAGGGGCUGCUGCAGGAUUCUCAGGACCUGCAGGCUCUGGACACCCUAGAGAGGACGCUGGGGCGGGCGCACAUGGCAAAAGGGAUUGAGACCAUGAGGCUGCAGAUCCAGGAGGAGACCCGGUGCCGCCUGGCCGCCAUUUCCCGCGGCCUGGAGCUGCUGGCUGUCGAGGGAAAGCUGUCCGGGCGGCAGAAGGAGGAGCUGCUGACGCAGCAGCACAAGGCCUUCUGGCAGGAGGCCGAGCGCUUCGGCAGGGAGUUUGUCCAGCGAGGCAAAGAAUUGGUCCAGGCGUCUCUGGCCCACCAGGCGGAGGGUUCGGCAAAGCUCACGCUGGCCCAGGAAGAGGAACAGAGAAGUUUCCUGGCCGAGUCCCGGCUGAGCAGCAGCUCGGAGGAGUUCCUCAAGGCUUUUCACGAGGUCCUGGAGAGGCAGCGACUGACGCAGAGCCACCUGGAGGAAGAGGAGAAUGUCAGAGCCACCGAGGCCAUGGCCACGCUCUGCCAGGAGCUGUACUGCGGCACCAUGGACACUUUCCAGAAGUUGGUGGACGUCCUGUUCCUUCAGACGCUCCCGGGGGUGACCGGCCUGCCCCCGGCAGAGUGCGAGCACCUGCGGCAGGAGGUCUGGGAGCGUGCGGCCUGGCAGCUGGGGCAGUCGGAUCGCUUCCGGAGGCAGCAGUGGAGACUCUGCCAAGAGUUCCUGGAGCAGGAUCGGCAGGUGUGGCUGGAGGAGUAUACUCUGUCCACGGUGCUGCAGACACACCUGCGGGAAGACCACGAGAACACCAUCCAUGGCGUCCUAGGCAGACUCGGCGGCCUCACUGAAGAGUCCACGCGGUGCGUCCUGCAGGGGCACGAGCUGCUGCUGCGCGCGGCACUGCGGAGGAUGGCGCUCCGUGGAGGCGCCCUGGCCACGCUGGUGCAGAUGCGGCUGUCGGGGAAGAAGCGCCUUCUGCAGGAGCUGCGAGAGCAGUGCGCCCUGGAGCAGGGCUCCUCCCCGUGCCCGGACGAGCACCAGUGGCAGCUGCUCAAGGCCCUGGAGGCGCGUGUCCUGGAGGAGGCGGGCCGGCUGGAGGAGGAGGCGCAGCUGACGCGGAUGCAGCUCCAGCAGCAGCUCCUGGCCGAGGCCCAGGAGGUCAGGCAGCUCCUGCAGCAGCACUCGGAGCGCGCCAUCGGGCAGGCCCUGCUGGCGUACGCCCGGAACGCGGCCACCAAGAGCCGCGCCAAGGACCGGGAGGACUUCAAGAGGACGCUGAGGGAGGCGGCCGUGGAAAGCGUCUACGUGACCGGCGCCGGCGUCGACGACCUGGUGCAGGCCUACCACCAGCAGAUCGGGAGAAUCAUGGCGGACCACGAGGAGAGGCGGCUGCAGCACCUCAAGACCCUGCAGGGGGAGAGGAUGGAGAGUUACAGGCAGCGGAAGAAGCAGGAGCUGGAGCCUUCGUCGGGGAGCCGGCCGGCGGCGGGGGCUCCUGAGGCCUCCCGGGCUGUGCACCAGAGGAUGUUGGCCCAGCAGAAGAGGUUCCUGGCCCAGUUCCCCGCACACCAGCAGAUGCGCCUGAAGGCCCGACAGCAGCAGGCCAGAGCGAUGGACCUUCUGGAAGCCCAGCUGGAGACACAGCUGCAGGAAGCCGAGCAGAACUUCGUCUCUGAGCUGGCGGCCCUGGCGCGAGUGCCCCUCCCUGAAAGCAAGCUGCUCCCCACCAAGCGCGGGCCACCCGAGAAGCUCCUAAGGACCAAAAAGAAGAAGCCUCCGCCCCGGGAGAGAGGAGACCCGGGGGCACCCCACGACGAGGACCCCGCCUCCAGGGACCACCCCUCGGGAUUGCUGGGCAGCAAAAGGCUGAGUCAGCAAGAAAGCGACGCGGGUGACGGCGACAACUCGAGGAAGUUGCUAAAGGAAGAAGCAACGUGGCACUGGAGUUCGUGGGAGGGAGGCCUUGCCCCGCCCUCAGCUGCACGGGUGGGGCGGCUGCAGCCCCGCCCUGCAGGACGAAUGUCCCUGGGGGCACUUGCUUCUCCCCUGGAUGGUAAGAACAUCCAGCUGUUUCGAGCCAAGCCGCACCUGCACCACAGCCAGGAGAGGCCUCUCCCACCUGGAGAGAAAAUUGCUCUUUGGGCUGUGGACGUUUGGGUCAAGAGCGGCUUCUUCACGGAAGGAGGCCUCCAAACGCCCCAGGGCAUCACUCCGGGCUCCGCAGACGGGAUUUCCAAGGUCGACCAGCAGCACCCUCCGGAGCCUUUUGAAGCCGAUGGCUCUGGUGUCGGAGAGGCCUGA